GUUCUCGCCGUGUAUCGCGAGAUUGCGGCUCUUUCGUCAUAAAACGGGUCGUUUUUCUGUAAAAGGGUCAUGAACUGUCUGCUUUUACUCGUUUUUCUUUUGUUGUUUUUUUUGCGUAUACUUGUGCGCAUUUUAUUUUCCAUUCAAAUAUGCGUUUUUAGAACAAAAACGAACAUGUUAACAGUUUUAGAAAGGACUGCGCUUUUAUUUUGAAAGGUAACAAACCAGGAAGUAGGCGCGUUUCAAGAAAACAAGGCACUGAGAUGUCAUGGGUGUACAAGGGUUGACUACAUAUGUGGAGUCCAACACAAACUUCCUCCAAGAUGUGAGGUUCAGGGACAGUCGGCUGGUUAUUGACGGCUGCAGUCUGUAUUUCCGCCUCUACUUCAACCACGGCUUGGAUCAGCAGCAUGGAGGGGACUACGAUGCGUUCGCUUGCCUUCUGACCCAGUUCCUCUCUGCUUUGGCAGCCUGUAACAUCCAGCCCUACGUGUUGCUGGAUGGGGGGAUGGACCCGAGUGACAAGAAGUUCCCCACUCUCCGUCAGCGUCUGCAGUCCAAGAUAAAGGAAGCGGACAGCCUCUCUCAUGGCCGCGGAGGCUCUGUCCUCCCGAUCCUCGUGAGAAAAGUCUUCGUCCAGGUCCUGGUCCAGAGGGGCAUCCCGCUGAUACAGUGUCCAGCAGAGGCAGACUGGGACAUUGCCUGCUUGGCGCGCCAGUGGAACUGCCCGGUGCUGACGAAUGACAGUGAUUUUUACAUCUUUGACCUUCCAGCUGGUUACCUGCCGCUCCGUUUCUUCCAGUGGACCAACCUUAACGGCAAAGCUUCCCAGCGCUACGUCCCAUCCCGGUGUUACACCACCAACAACCUGUGUCGCCGGUUUGGGGGCAUGAAUCGCGAGUUGCUUCCUUUGUGCGCAGUCCUAACUGGCAACGACUAUGGCGCUCCGAAAGAAGCGGAGACCCUCCUUGCUCUCAUAGACGGGAGGGCAUUGGGAAGGGGCGGUGGCCGGGGUAGAGGCAGAGCGCCCGCUUCUCGCAUCGAGGGCAUCCUCAACUGGCUGUCCUCUUUCCCGAGUGUGGCGGAGGCACUGGAGGAGGUUAGCAGGCUAAUGGACGGGGAGGCCGGGGCGGGCAAGAGAGCACAGCAGUGUGGGCUCAGCGCCCAGCUGUGGGCCGCUAUGCAAGAGUACAACAUCAAGGCCCAGAGCUCACUGGCGCCCUGGUUCUCUGGAGGUGCAUUAGCUCCGAGAGGGAAGACAUCUGCUCUGGCACAGCUGCCGGAGUGCUUGUCUCUGGCUGCAGCGCAGGGACAGCUGCCUCCUUUGGCUCUUGACGCUUUCGUCAUGCAGAGGGUCCUUCUCUUCCCGCAAGUGGAGAAUAGUAAGCUAGCCAGCAGCCACUGCAGCUCCACAGCCAUACGACAGGCUGUGUAUGGGAUCUUGCUGCAAGGUAGCGGCGCACAACCGUCAAAGGAAGCGCACGUCCAGAUGCAGGGAAUCAGAGGAGGACGAGGACGAGGAGGAAGAGGGGGCGGAGGCAGGGGUCAGCAGGGGUUGAAUGAAGCAGCCAAGGCAGCCGCGGCGCAGUCGCAUGGCUUUAGUUCUCCGGUUUUUGUGGAAGAGUACGACCGUUUGGACCUGAACCUGAAGAAAAACCAAGUGGAGGCAAUCAUCCCCAGGAACCGCGUAUAUCUGGAUGGGCUUAGUCAGCUGUUAUCCGAUGCGUGUUAUAUCCAGGCUCCUGCUGCAGUGCGACUUGGAGUCCUUUUCGAAGUCCUGGCCGUGAAGCCGUCGGCCCUGGCUCCGGUUCCUCCCCACCUGCAGCUCGCCGUCGCGGUGACCGGGUUCUGGUUGCGCGAGGCCGCACCGAGACCCUCGGAGCCCCUGCUGCGGGCUUUGGUGCUGGGCAUGGUUUACGGAGAGCUGGCCUUAAACAACCAGCCUGGAGCCGCGCACAAAAUCCCCGUUGCCCCACAGCGUAACUGGGCCACAGAGCAAGCUUUUCUGUCAGCACUAGAUCACCAACGGGUGAGACCAGGGGAGAGACGAGGAGUGGACGUCGGGGCGGCUCACUGCCUCAGCCAGUGGCAGUCCUGCCUCUGGAGCGCUCUGUGUCUGAAUCAGCUGCUUCUGAGUCCGCUGCCCGAGCCCGAUCUGUCAUGGUUGUUUAGCGGUACCCUGGUCCACGGCCUCCUCAGGUUCCAGAAAGCAGGCUGGGCUGUGGAGUCCCUGCUGCCCGGUGCCUCUCUAGCCGGACAACUCUGCUCCUGCCUGCUGGGCGCCGUGAAGGCCUGCAGCGUCAAAGCCGGCCCCUCCUGCCCGGGGCCGGGGAAGAAGAAGAGAGGCAGAGGCCAGGGGAGGAGAGGAAGGGGCGGAAGAGGGCAGUCCCACGGAGGAGGGAGCGUUUCCGAGGAGGUGAACAACAGGUUUGCUCUCCUUAUGAGCGAGGAGGAGUAUGACGAUUGAAGGAGAGGAAGAGAGAAGUGAACAGAUUUAAAGGGUUAUCCGUUGGGGGACGGGAACAUUUUUGAUCUUUACUGUCACCGCUUUGCACUAUUUUAACCUCUUUAAGCGAUAUCUGGGUACACGUGUCAUGUUUGAAGCAGCCUUUAGUGUCAUAACUCAUCUGCUUAGCAUUUUUAAAGAGCAUGCAUCAUUUUACAAGCAUUUUUUAAAAAAAACAAAUCAGUAAACUCUGUUUGUCCCGUCAUGUUUGCUGGAGGACUAAACACUGAAUGUAAAAAAAAAA